ACAACAGUGGGAUAAGUAGUGAAUUUUUCCUCAUGUUGUAGUUUAGUGAUUUUGAGAACCAUGGCUUCUAAUGAAGCCAGAACGCAAUCAAAUUGCUAUAAUAUCAGUACACAGUCACAGCUUCCGUGGGGUGUAAGGAAAGAGCGGCAGACAUUUCCAUCUGGUAUAAAUAUUGACAUUGAAGUGAAACCUGGUGAGUUUAUUCUAAGAACUCUGUUUGCAGAAUUCACAGUUCAAGCUGAACGGAAAAUUGAUUUGGUUCUUGCGGAACCUUUAGAAAGACCCCUCUCAAAAUCGCUGCAAAGAGGAGAAGAUGCUCUGUUUGAUCAGCUUCUGAGUGCAUUUGGUUCGGUUGCGGAGCAUUGUUUGCCAUCUCUGUUACGAACUCUGUUCGCUUGGUAUGAUCGUCAAGGAGUUGAUUCUUCCCUGUCGCAAGAACAUAGGCUGAGAGCAGAUUCCAAAAAUAAAAAUGAUUUACAAGAGAAAACAGAAAAGGAUUAUUUGCAUGAAAGACGAGAUCUUGCAGUUGAAUUUAUAUUUUGUUUGGUGAUUAUAGAAGUUUUGAAACAGUUGUCAGUACAUCCAGGACAUGAUGAUUUAGUAAAUUACAUAGAAAAUCUUGCUUUCAAGCAUUUUCGAUUCAGGGAAGGAGCACAAACAGGUCCAAAUGCUCAGAAUGUUAAUAUAAUAGCCGAUCUUUAUGCUGAAGUCAUAGGUGUUUUGGCGCAAUCGCGAUUUCAGUCUGUUAGGAAACGCUUUAUGGCAGAAUUGAAGGAGCUUCGUAGUAAAGAACCGAGUCCAAUUACAACUCAUAGUAUUAUUAGUUUAUUAAUGGGUAUGAAAUUUUUUCGUGUAAAAAUGGUGCCAAUUGAAGAAUUUGAAGCAUCAUUCCAGUUUAUGCAAGAAUGUGCAACUUACUUUCUUGAAGUGAAAGAUAAAGAUAUCAAGCAUGCUUUAGCUGGAUUAUUUGUUGAAAUUUUAGUACCUGUGGCAGCUACUGUUAAAAAUGAAGUAAAUGUACCUUGUUUGAAAACCUUUGUAGAAAUGUUGUAUUCACAUACAUUAGAUCUUUGUACAAAAAAGAAACAUAGUUUAGCUCUGUUUCCAUUAGUUACUUGCUUGUUGUGUGUCAGUCAAAAGCCAUUUUUUCUUCAAAAUUGGCAUUACUUUCUAGCCAUGUGUUUAUCUCAUUUAAAAAAUAGAGAUCCAAAAAUGUGUCGUGUUGCUCUAGAGUCACUCUAUCGUUUAUUAUGGGUUUAUAUGAUUAGAAUUAAAUGUGAAAGUAACACAGCUACUCAGAGUCGACUACAGAGUAUUGUUAAUUCCUUAUUUCCUAAAGGAUCAAAAGCUGUUGUACCAAGGGAUACACCUUUGAAUAUAUUUGUUAAGAUAAUACAGUUCAUUGCUCAGGAAAGAUUAGACUUUGCAAUGAAGGAAAUUGUUUUUGAUUUGUUAUCUGUGGGAAGACCCAUUAAAAUCAUUCUCACGCCUGAACGUAUGAGCAUUGCUUUGAGAGCCUUUUUAGUUGUCGCUGAUAGCUUGCAGCAAAAAGAAGGCGAUCCUCCUAUGCCAAGAACUGUUGGUGUUUUGCCAUCAGGAAACACUCUUCGAGUUAAAAAGACUUUCCUAAAUAAGAUGCUGACUGAUGAAACAGCUAGAACUAUUGGAAUGUCUCACUAUCAUCCAUAUGUGAGAAAAGUAUUUGAUGACAUUUUGAAAGCUUUAGAUGUUCAGUUUGGUCGUCCGCUUAUGAUGACCACUGUGCAAAAUAUCAAUAAAGAACCUGAUGAUAUGAUAACUGGUGAAAGGAAGCCUAAAAUAGAUUUAUUUCGCACAUGUGUUGCAGCUGUUCCCAGAUUAAUACCUGAUGGCAUGAGUCGUCAUGAUUUAGUUGAUCUUUUAUCUCGUCUUACAGUACACAUGGAUGAGGAACUGCGAGCAUUAGCUUUUCAGUCUCUUCAGAAUAUGACUCUUGAUUUUCCUGAUUGGAGAGAAGAUGUUAUUUAUGGUUUUGUGCAAUUUAUGUUACGGGAAGUGAAUGAUACAUUCCCUCAACUUCUUGAUAAUGCAUUACGUAUGUUAUUACAGUUUCUUACAAACUGGAAGAAUGCUGUGUCCUCUCAGUCUCAAAAUUCUCUCAGGAAGGAUUCUCGUGAACAGAAUAAAAUUGAUCAUUUAUGUUCAGUGCUUCAUCUAAUUGAAGCCGUGGCUUUGGUAAUGCUUUGUCACUGUCGACUUCCACCUCGACGAUUGUCUGUUCAUAUCUUAAAGGAAACUAAAGCACUUUUGAAAACUUUAGUCCCAACAUGUGAGGAAGAUUAUGUUGCUGAAACCAUUGAUCAGUGUUGUCCUUUAGUUGCAGAAAAGUGUCUUCCACUUUUACCACCUUCCGAGAAAGCAGCUUUGCUUUCUGCCUCUCACAUUGAUCUUCAGUGGCUGACAGAAAGAAAUAGUUCAGUGUGGACAUCAGGAAUUCAUGAUAUAACAGAGGGUUCAAAUAAAGUGUCUAGUAACUUAGAAAUAACAGAUAAUUCAGGAAUAGAUCCUUGGUGUGUAUGUUUGUUAGGUUUCAUUGACAAUAGUAGUUUAUUGAAAAGAUGCCCAACAGCUGUUGCCCAUUCUUGGCCUAUAAUAUAUUCAAGGAUAACGACUCUUUUCAGUUAUCUGGAUCUUAAUCCUGUAAGUGAUAAUAGAGCAUCUUUAUUACGACCAACAGUUGUGAAAAAGGCUCUUAAUGAAAGAGAACUGCAUCUGACUCUUUGGAGAAAUUAUUUAAUGUUUGCCUGUCGAAUUGCACCUCCAAACUGUUCUCCUCCUAUGAGAUUUAUUGCACCUGAACUGAAUCUAAGUUCAUCACCAGAUAGCGUAAGUUCUGAAAGAUCUGACAGUCGGUCUCCUAAUAAUAUGGGGGUUCAAGUAUCAAGUCUUUUUAAACAAAUUAUUCCACUCCUUAGAAGUGAGCAAGCUGACAUGCGAGAUGCUAUUGUUCUUGGAUUAUCUAAAGUUAAUCAUUUAGCUGUAAAAGAUCUUAUGGAAGAAUUAGUUGUUUAUAUUAGGGAAGCCAUAGAUCGGAAACAAGAAAAUGUUAGACGACGUCGGCGUCGAGAUGUUCUUAGAGUACAGUUGGCCCGUGUUUUGGAACUUAUUGCGGAGCAAGGGACAUUUGGUAUCAGUAAUAGUGUCCUUGAUAGAGAUGCUUCCUCUUUGAAUACAACAUUUGUUGAAUAUAUUGAUGGAGCACGUUUAUAUCUUGAAACAGAAAAUGAUAAAGAUGUUCCAAGUAUUGUGCAAGAAAUUAAACAACAUUUUUGUGGAUUUAUCCAUAAACUUAUUAAAAGCUUUUCUUUAGAGAAUAGGCAUAAUUUACUUGGCUGUGACUUAUGGAGGAAUCUUUUUUAUCUGUUUGCUUCAUGGAGUGGUAAAUAUAGUUCUCAUUUUGGUAUAGGUGACCGAAAAAUUGUAAAAGAAGAACCAUGCUCAGAAUUUGAAUUCUCCGCAUUACAAGCUAUGUCAGCUGUUUUGUGUUGUGGACCUUGUUUUGAUCCUCAGGGUAUUGGUGAAGAAGGACCAUUUUAUGCUUGGUUAAAUGGCCUAUUGAAUUCUGAUCUUGAAAAAGUAUACCAAUUAGGACAAGAAACUGUAGUACUCUUAUUGGAAUUUAAUUCUGACUGUGGCACAUUAUUGGAUUGGUUAGUUGACUGCUGUUAUACUGGUGAUACCCAGAUGGCUGAUGGUUGUUUCAAUGCACUUGCCACAAUUUUUAGUGUGCGGGAAUAUCCGUGUGACCAUUAUAUGGCAAUUAUUAAUGUGACGUUGCUCAAUACUGGGUGUCCGCGAACCAAAAUCCAAGAAACUGCAUUUCAGUUGCUCCAGAUUUUAGAUCAUCGUUUCUUUGGAUCUAGUACAUCUCUCCCUGUUGAUGGUGAAACAGAUGCUGUAAAUAGAAAUGUUGUGUUACGAAAAAAGCCACCUCAGUUUUGCGAUGCAUUAUUUUCAUCAGGCUAUCCUUGUACGCAAAUGCAACUUUCACAUCAUCUAGCUCAAAUGCAUCCUGAGUUAACUAUGCCAAUAUUUUCUGAAAUAACUAGUAGGCUUCAAACUGCACGCCCACCAGUCAGACAGAAUUUAUUACAAUAUAUUUUACCUUGGCUGUACAAUAUGGAGUUGGUUGACCCUAAUAUUACUCACUGCAGCCCACUUCCUCACCUGAGUCGUAUUCAAGAAUUUUGUUCUACAGAAACUUGCCAGAGUAUUGCUUUAGAACGUAGAGAAGGUUGGGGUUCAGCAGAAGCAACAGAAAUGGUAUUAAAUAAUCUUUUUUACAUAACUGCUAAAUUUGGUGAUAGCCAUCCUCAUGAAAUUGAAGAACUCUGGGCAUCCUUGUGCAAAUGUUGGCCAAAUAAUUUAAAAAUUAUUAUUAGAUAUCUUUUUAUAAUAACAGGUCUAGCCUCAAAUGAACUGCUUGUAUAUGCCAAACGAGUUGUAUUAUUUAUGGCUAAAGCAAGACCAGAAAAAUUACUGGAUGAAAUGAUGGCUGAUAUGCAAACUGUAGAAACAUUAAACUGCCUGAUAGAAAGGACAGAAACACCUCCAUUCUUUCGAGUAACUAGUGUUCGCAAAGAAAGUAGUCAUUCAGAUGAUGGAGGGUCCAGCUCACAGCCGGAUGCUCCAAGGAGUGAAAUAACUCUUGAGCGAGGAACUCUUCAUACAAAAAGACACAGCACAGAGAGUGGUUGUGAGAAAGACAGUCAAAUCAGAAAAGAUCUUUGUGGAUCUGAAUCAGUUCAGAAUACCUGUAGUAUAGCAAACACUGGUAAAGUCAAUCCUGGUCCAUCUUCUACAACUGCUAGUGAUGAUGGACAAAAUACUAUAAUUUCUUCAGUUGAAGAAGAAAAUUUUCUGCUUUUAUGUCACGUUCCUGAGGAGGAUAACGUGAAACCAGAAACACCUCAGCCACAUCCUUUACCAAUGCCAGAAUUUGGUGGAUAUUAUGCUCCUUUAACUGAAUUUCUUCCAGAUAGUUCUCAACCUGUUACUGGAUUUCAUCGUUGUAAUUUAGCUGUGAUGCUGUUGGCUGAUGUUUUAGAUGGUAUAAAUAUUGAUUGGUCUCCCCAUGUUCCGUUAAUGCUUCAUGUUAUAUUUCUAGGUCUAGAUCAUACACGUCCUCUAGUACAUGAACACUGUAAGACACUUUUGUUAAAAUUAUUAAUUGUUUUAACGAAACAUGAAGAUCACUUGGGUGUUGCAAAAAUCCUCUUGAAUAAUAAGACUCAAGAGCUAGGUUAUGGUCUUCCAAUUCAGACUUUAGUGACAAAAAUCAAUUUCACUGAGCAGAAACUUUUUGAAGAACCGGACAUUACUGAAGAAAUAAAUGCUUCGUCUGUAUAUGAAACUGAGUCCAAUUCAAGCCGAGAGCAAGAUAAUGGCUCAUGUGAAACACUUGCAAAUCAUGAAGCCACAAAAACUCAUAUUUUAGAUAGCAGCUGCAUCACUCCAAAUGUUAAUGAUACUAUAAAAUCUCUAAUUGAUUUCCUAGCUGCAAAGAAAGGUCAUGCUUUGUGGAGCUAUGAGGAUAUCACUGCAAAAGUAUGGUCUGUGAAAAGUGCUGAACAAUUAACAACAUUUUUACAGCAUGUGUUAUUUGUAUUUAAGGAAUCUAUUCCAAUGGCUCAUAUUCAAGAUCGUUGGGCUCAGAUAGCCCUACAGUUAGCACUUUCUUGCUCAUCACGGCAUUAUGCUGGGCGAUCACUUCAGAUAUUUAGAGCUUUGAAAGUGCCUCUUAAUGCUCGAAUGUUAUCAGAUAUCUUGUCACGUCUUGUUGAAACUGUGACAGAACAAGGAGAGGAUAUGCAAGGUUAUGUUACUGAACUGAUGCUCACUCUUGAGGAAGCAAUUACUUCAUUAGAUUCUGCUUUCAAAAUAAGUGAUAUCAUGAAGGACUUCUUCAAAUCAACUCCAAAUCUCAAUAAAGAGAGUAAUCGUAAAAGUGCUCCACCAAUAACAGUUACUCAUUCUGGGCAUGGUAGCGGUUCAAGCAACCCUUUACCCAUGUCAGUUCAUCAUCAACGUAGUACAUCAUAUUCUGGAAGAAAAUAUCCAGAUUCCCCAUCAGUUGAAAUAAAAGACCUACGAAACCGUAGCAGUACUGAUAUUGAUGUUAGAUUACGCUCAAAUAAUCUGGGAAGAUCUAGAAGUGCACAGUCAUUAAAGAUGGCAGAUGAACAGUUUUCUCAAGAGGACAGAAUGGCACUUCUAGCUCAAUUUUUUUGGAUAGCUGUUUCAUUACUAGAAUCAGAUUAUGAACAUGAAUUUUUAUUAGCUAUAAGGUUACUUGAGAAAGUUAUGACAAAAUUACCUCUUGAACGAACUGAUUGUCAAGAAAAAUUAGAGAAAAUACAAAUGCAAAUAAAAUGGUCAAAUUUUCCUGGUGUUCAUGCACUGCUACUUAAAGGGUGUGCAUCACCUACCACAUUUGAUGGUACCAUCAAAAUUUUAAGUCAAUUUACUGGUUUGUUAGAUAUUCCUAUUGUUGAUCCAUCAGAGUCUUUGGCUUUCCCAUUUCAUGUCAUGGCUUUACUACCUUAUUUACUAUUAAAUUAUGAUGAUCCCAAUAAUCUGUGUAUCAAGAGUGCUGAAAACAUAGCUCAGGUAUGCAUGGAGAAAUCAAAAAAAUUAGAAAAUCUGGCUACUGUCAUGAUGUUGUACAGCAGACGUUCUUUUAGCAAGGAGAGCUUUCAGUGGACAAAAUGUGUUGUUAAGUAUUUGUAUGAUGCCUAUUGUCAUGUAUUUCUAAAUCUGAUUACAUUUUUAGUUGAAAUUUUAGAAAAAGGGCCACAAAAUCUUACACUACAUGUCCUUGGCAUCUUGUAUUGUGUGUUGCAUUAUUUAGAUGUAACUUGUUCUGCUCAGGCUAUCAAUUCUGAUCUAUUAAGAGUAAUCUCAAGAUUUAUUGAGGGCCCACAAUGGAAAGAUGCUUUGAAAAUAUUGAAAUUGGUUGUUACUCGGUCGUCAACACUUGCUGCGCCACCUGCUCCUUUUAGUGUUGGCAGUUCUGCAGCUGAUAGUGUAAGCAUUGCAUCUAAUACGUCUUUUGCUGAUUCAGAAUUUGGAACAAAACGAGAAUUGCCUGGUAGAACAAUGGAAUUCACUAUUGAUUUGUCUCUCACUCCUAUAGUUGGACAAAGAUAUCUCUUGAAAGAUAGUCCUAAAGAAGGAGAUAAAGAAGGAUCUACUGCUUCGCCUAGACGUAGCCUAUCUCAUAAUCAUUCUUUUACAGAAAAUGGAUCUGUGGGUUGGAAGCGUCCAUGGCUUUCCCAAGCUAGAACAAGAGAACAUUUAAUUGGAUUACUCACUAGCUGUGGACAAAGAGUAGGUUUGCCAAAAAGUCCAUCUGUUAUAUUUAGCCAGAGUAGUGAUAUCAUUGAGCACCAGUCUUCAAUGUGCAGUAGCACUGAAGAAAUAUCAGCUACUAAUAAUGAAUCUGCUGAUAGUAAACUUGAAGAUGGCCAUCCAGAACAUGCACAAUUUGGUGUUUUCAAAGAUUUUGAUUUCUUAGAAUAUGAAUUAGAAAGCCAAGAAGGAGAAAGUAUGGAUAAUUUCAAUUGGGGUGUUCGUCGACGAUCGCUUACGAAUUAUGAUGGUAGUGCUGAUGACAUUUCAAAACCAAAAUUGAGCCUGAAUAUGAGUAAUUCAACUCUGAGUCCUCGCAAGGAGGAAUCAUCUGAUGAUGAAAUGGGAAGUGUUUCCCCUCUAGAUGAUGUGCAUCCUGACUUACCUAGCAGUAGUAGUGGAUACGUAUUUCCACCAAGUUCCUUGCCACUGUCUGAACACAGGCGAAGACCCAUUAGUCCAGCCUCUGGCUCAACUCAUAGUAUGGCGAGUGAUGGAGAUUUAACUUUGAGUAACACUUCACCCAGUUUCUCACCAUUGGCAGCAAUACAUUUACCACCUGGUUCAGAAGAUAUUGAAGAUUUAUGGAGAUCUCAUGUACGAGACUUGAUGACAGAUACUAGUGGAAAUAUUGCUGCAAACACAUACCAGGCUAUGUCUCGUUUGUUUAAGGAGAUGUUUAGAAGAGUAACCAGAUUAACACGAGAAUGUUGUCAGAUGAUUUCCCAUGUAGAUGCUUUUCGAAAUGUUGCAUCACAUUUUCUUACAAUGCUUGACAUUCUCAUUAGUCAGGUUGAAUGUCCUUUUAUUUAUAUUGAUCCAGAAAUAAUGUUAAAUCUUGAACGACAUAAAUUUUGUGUUCUUGAGAUACAAGAACAUUGGGAAACUUUCUUAGAAAAACAAGAACAUACAAUGGAAUGCAUGGAUAGUAUGAAAUCUGCUAAUAAACUAGAGCAACUUGGUGAAGCUAUUCCUGAAGGAACAAUUGAAGAACAUCAGGUUGAUCUUUGCCGAUGUUUAUAUAAGUUACAUUUUCAACUUUUACUUUUACUGGAAAGUUAUGUUAAACUCUUAUCACUACUAGUUGCUGGUGUUCAACAAGCACAUAUUGUUGACUUGUCACAGGACAUUACAUUAGUAAAGAAUGAAGUAAUGAGAGCAGUAGAAGAUACGGAGAGUGAUAGAUUAUCACCUUCUGAGCAACCUGAAGUGUCAACUUUAUCUCAGCAAGAAGCUGAAGCAAUUUUACUUGAUCUUGUACAUUCUCAUAAGUGGGGAAAAGCCAUAAGACAUUUACAUUGCUAUCGUAGUUUAUUUCCUGGCUCAAUGUUUGGAAAUUCAGAAGAAGAUGAUGUUGAUGUUAUACUUGGAAUAUAUGCAAAACAUUUGUGUGAAAAUCGAACAGGCUUUUUCAUGAUGUCGCAAGAAGAACAUGAUAUAGCAGAUGUUUGUCGUCUUCUAAUGGAUGUUAGUCUUCAGUUGUCAUCAGUUUUGCAUAAUUUAGAACAUUCACAGCAAGAAAGAAACCAUGAUCACUCUUUUCGCAGAUCUGAGUGCUGAAAUUAUUUAUUGGAAAUGCAGUACAACAUUUUUUUUUUCAUCAAUUAAGACACGUACAGUUUAUCUGCACCAGGACACUUCAAGUACGAGACAUAUCUUGUGUGACUAUUUAGGUGCUUACAUACUUUUGCAACCACCCUAGUAGAAGUCUCCAAACUCUGGCAACCAUGUGCAUAACAGUUUUUUAGGUAACCAUAUCCAUUGUAAGUUGUAAUCUGAAAAUUCACUAAAUCACCUUUUUCAUUUGUAAAAAAUUGACAAACUGCCACAAGGUGGUUGCACUAAUAUGUUAAGUACCAAUAUUUAUUUUGUAUUACAUGAUAAGCUUAGAAAAUCUAUAUCUCAGAAAAAUUUGAGUAAACACUUGUAUAAUUUAGAAAACUAAAUAAUGCUUGUAAGUGAGCUGCUUCUCUAUAAUGCUUCAAAUGAGAAUAUAUAGCUUGCGUGAAUGUUAACUUUGGUUAGAGUAGACUGAAAGGUACCCCUUGUAUCACAAAGUUUCUAUAAUGCUUCAAAUGAGAAUAUAUAGCUUGCGUGAAUGUUAACUUUGGUUAGAGUAGACUGAAAGGUACCCCUUGUAUCGCAAAGUUGUUGUUUUGUUUAUCAUCAAGUUGUUGUUUCAUUUAUAAAUAAACCUGAGUAGUUGAAUGUUCCAUAAAUAUACUUUUACCUAGAAUUGGGUGCUCCUUUACAUGUAUAUGGAUAAAAUCAAGAGAGUGUGCAAUGCCUAGUUUGUGCAAUUCUGUGAAUUUUUUUAAGUGAAAUAGGUCAGUGUGUAUAUGAAUACCGAGUUUGUGCAAUUCUAUAUCUCAGAAAAAUUUAUUAUUUUGUCUUUGUGUAGUGGCGAGUUUUGGUGCUAAAAUCGCCGCUGCACAAACAAAAAUAACAAUAACAGAAUUGAACAAGCUCAGCAUCUAUGUGCUGCCAACAAUCACCAAUUUUCGCCAAGGGGUGCCCGUAAAUAUACUUGUACCCUUAUUUUUAUGUAACAGUAGUAGACCAGUGCUUUUUCCAGUGCAAAUGAAUAAACACUUGUUAAUUAAAUCUGAAAUUUCAUGUUAAGAAUUUUUUGUCAGGUACUGAAUGAAUGCCUAAUUUUAAAAUUUAGUAAAUAAUAUUAAGGAAAUGAUGGUGUAUUUAAAAUCAUGGAGAUGAAUUAUUUAUUAAUUGUGAAUGUAUAUUAAAGUUUAAACUUCCUUAAAUAUUUAUUUAGAUAUUUCUUUAGACUUUUUCUUUGUCAAUAUACUAGAAAACAAGUUUUAGGAAUUUAAUAAGUUAUUAAUGAACUUUCUGGUAUUUUUUUUCACUUCUUAAUUUUAAA